CAUUUGUACACAUGUUGGUGCUCAGUGUAAUCAGCAUAUUACAUGUACAUGGUGGAUGUUUCUGUGCUGUGUGUAUUGUGCAGACCCUGUAUUGAAGUGUUCACAUGCUCCGCUGCUGAUCUCAAAAGCUUGUGUACAUUUGGGGAUCAGUUCAGACUUCACAUCCAAGUCAGGGACACCGAGCUCUUCCUCUCAUUGUCCAUUCCUUGCGCAAUCAAAACAAACCGUAUUGUGCAUUGUCUGAAAAAAAGGACACUCCAUUUGGGAAGUUCAUCAUUCUGGCCGGAGAUCCGUGGAGGGUCUGUUUUGACAGGAGGGAUUGCAGCUCCUAUUGAUUUGUUUCAAACUGCUGCAGUUUGCACUUGGAUGUUUGAAAACUUUGGAAUUUUACCAGGAGAGGUUUGUGUGAUUUGCACAGCUGAGCAUCUACGCACACUGGGUAGGACGAGCAACGCAGGGUGUCGAGUUACAGUGUUUACAGUCAAGACGUCGACACCUCUGCCUUUCAAAUCUUGCUGCUCUUGAGAUUUAAUUAUUUCAUUUCAAGAUUAAUAAUACUGUAUGCAAGAAGUGGUGAUUGUGGAUUAUUGAAUCUUGACUGUUCUUUUCUAACAAUAUCAGACCAAUCAAUCUGAUUUGAAAGGGUAGGACUACUAUGAUAUUUUUUAGUUGAAACCUGUUGGAGAUCUGAAUUUUCAGGAUCAAAACAUUUUUGAAAUCUUCCCUCAUCCUACAGUCGCUGGAUUCCAAGACCUGCACAAGAAGUGGAUCAUUCCAAUUUGUGUAUCGGCCUGAUCGCAUACGAGUAUGGAAAUCUUGAGGGCAAUCAUCUUGUGAUCAGUAUUCAAAUCAAUUCCUGCCAAUUUUUUUUAAUACAUGUACGGUACAUGUAUACGUACAUCUUGAUGUGAUCCUGCCAGCUUCGACAAGCUUUCUAGAUUUUGUUUAAAAACCAUUUCUGCAGUUUAAUACUCGAAGAGAAUAUUGAAUUUUUGCAAGUAUAGUGGAUCCUUUCUAAAUUGGAUUCCUUGCUGUCUUUGACACAGCGUUUCUUUUGGAUGAUACUUUGUGCUUUGAUGUUUGAGGAAAUUUUGCCCCUUCUCCGGAGAUUUCACAAUGUGCACUGUGGAGCGCCCAGCAAGCGGGGAGUGGUCGACACAUCGUCGACCUGUAUCGUCAGCCUACAGCAAAAUCGUCACACCACGCAUUUCAUCAACAAAAAUCUUGCCUCCUACUUCCACUUCAAAAUCAAUGAGGGACAAAGAUAGUAGUAAAAUCACAUCAGUCACAGCAACAGAAGGACCUCCGCCCGACAGAACGAAAGAAAUCUCAUACACAGACACGAGGGUUAUAGGCAAUGGCUCGUUCGGCGUGGUAUACCAGGCCAGGAUGGUCGAUACCAAUGAUCUGGUGGCAAUAAAGAAAGUAUUACAAGAUAAGAGAUUCAAGAAUCGAGAACUUCAGAUCAUGAGGAGACUAGAUCAUCACAAUAUAGUCAAACUCAAGUACUUCUUUUAUUCAAGUGGUGAAAAGAAAGACGAGGUGUUUUUAAACCUGGUCUUAGAAUAUGUACCAGAAACAGUUUACAGAGUAGCAAGGCACUACAGCAAAGCAAAGCAAACCAUAUCUCUUAUCUAUGUUAAGUUGUACAUGUACCAAUUAUUCCGGAGUUUAGCGUACAUCCAUUCAAUGGGCAUUUGUCACAGGGACAUCAAACCACAGAAUCUCCUACUCAACCCAGAAACAGCGGUUCUCAAACUCUGUGACUUUGGAAGUGCAAAGGUGCUUGUGAGAGGAGAGCCCAAUGUAUCAUAUAUCUGUUCACGGUACUACAGAGCGCCGGAGCUUAUAUUUGGUGCUACUGACUACACAUGUGAUAUAGAUGUAUGGUCAGCAGGAUGUGUGCUUGCUGAGCUGUUAUUAGGCCAGCCCAUCUUUCCCGGUGACAGCGGGGUGGAUCAGCUGGUAGAGAUCAUCAAGGUCCUCGGCACCCCAAGCCGGGACCAGAUCAAGGAAAUGAAUCCCAACUACACAGAAUUCAAGUUCCCUCAGAUCAAACCACAUCCGUGGAGUAAGGUAUUCCGAACGAGAACUCCCGCUGAUGCAAUCCAGCUGUGUAGCAGACUCCUUGAGUAUACCCCCAAGUCCAGGAUCAAACCCCUGGAAGCAUGCGCCCAUCAGUUCUUCAGUGAGCUACGGGAUCCUGGCAUCAAGCUACCCAACGGCAGGGAGCUACCCCCUUUAUUCAACUUCACAGCUGGUGAACUUGCAAGUAAGCCGUCAUUACGCACAGCCCUGAUCCCGCCACAUGUUAGUCAGAAUUCAUCCAGCUCGACAGCCCCACACGACACCCCCGAGCCAUCCACCAGCGCCACAGCAUCGUCAGCGACCGGCGGUUCUAGCAGCAAGUGACCCCACAGCAAGCCAUAGCUACGCUGCCAAAGGGCAUCGAGAACUAUCACACUAAUUACUAUUGGAGGAGAAGAGCGAGGAGUAUUUAGUUAACAGCAUGCAGAAAAAAAAUGAGUAUUUAUUCAUCACCAACUUGUAGCGGUACGGUUACUUCGUAGGAGAUCUUCAUGUAAGCUCGAGAACCUCAGGACGAGGCACUUCGUUGGUUGAAGAAUCUUCUAAGGUGAAGAUUGAGAGUGGGUUUCCUGUAAAGGCAGUUUGACACCCACUGGGUAACAUCAAGAGAAGUCACAGAGAUUGCAGACUGGCUCUCUCAAAGCUUUAAAGACUAGUCACAUGACCAUGGCGAGCGAUCACAUGACAACUGCAGCUUUGUCAACGUGCAGAGAUCUACCCCAGUCAACUAGCUGUCUUUGUCCAAAGAGUGUCGAUGCCUGGUCCUGAUGCAGAGAUCUAGAACUACUUCAGUAAUGGCUUGUACCCUGGACGGCGGAAUGUAGAAGUAACAUUUCUCAUUGCUGGCAUUGUACUUUCUGUGAUGUCUUUGUGUGUCACCUAGGAGUCUAAUUACGACGAUAGUUUGAACUAUUUGAUUUUAGAAAACCAUAAUACUAAGGUCACCUCUAUGACGGUGGGUGUUUUCCGUACCCAAGUUGAAAACUGCCAGAUGCUCAAUUGAAUUUCAUCAUCUACUUCUCUUUGUGAUUACAUAAUAGUGGGUUGAAUUCGCUGCAGAUUAGACUAGCAUCCGGAGGGGUGCUACCCCUAGAGAUCCUGCCGUGUUUGUCCUGCUCCCCUCUGGUGUGGUCCAAGAAGAUUGAGCUAGGUAUUGCAAGAAGCCGCCCAAGCCGUAGCCAGAAGGGCACUAUUCCCUGUACAAAGUCUAUUACUAAGUGCCCUUCUCGCUCCGUAGGUGUGUCUUUCUAGCCUAGUUGGGGCAUUAGAGGGGUUAGUUUUCGCUUCUUACAAUUUUUAAUCUUCUCUCCCUCGUCGGAAACCAAAUACCUCGAAUAAAAUGCAAACACGGCAGGAUUGUGAAGUAUGAAUCUCUCCCGGUGUCUGCAACGUUUUCGGUCGAUGGACCGAGUCUGUAUGGGAGACUAGUAAUAAUUAGAAUAAAUUAGUACUUGAUAUUAGUCCAUCGUCCCCAUUUUAGUAAGGACUUAUUUUAGUGUGGCCUGAAUAUUGUGUACAGAUAACUAGUGGUAUGUCUUUGGCUACAGAUGUUUCUCCCUUUCUUCACAUCAGUCGGUAACACCAAGUGCCCAAUAUUUCCUGAUAGUGUCAACAUUUUGCUUGUCUAGAUUUUGUUUAUCGGUGCCAACAAACUUCGCAGAUUGUAUCAAAUUUAUGAUGUUCAUUGCAUUCAAGUAAUGUAGGUAGGUGUUACACUUAAUCCAAUAAUUGCUCAGGAGGGCUUACUUAAAAUGCUUUUUAAAGAAGCAUUAUUAUUACUGCCAUAUUUUGUUGGUUCUGGACUUUGUAUGGGGCCGUUUGCAAUGUUUAGUUCACAUUUACCACUCCCUGCUGCAUCUGGCUUGCAAAGCACCACUGAAUGUUUAUAUGAUAUGCCACCACACUAGGCAUAUACUCAGGUACAGUGAAUUUAAAUUUGCAGCGGUGCUUUGUGCAAAUGCUGCAGAAGAUCGCGCAGUAUGUGAACGGACCUUGGCAUAUGCAAGUCCCGACUUAAAGCUUAGCUUUACAUCGUCUGAAAGUCUCUCCAAAUGCUGGCAGCUUGUAUGUUGCUAGUAAUAUCAGUACACGUGGAAAACUAUGGCAAAAAUUAAUGGUAUUGGAUUUUAUUAUGUGAGUUUAAACGGUGUGUGAAAGAUGGGGGAGAGGGGGAGCCACUGACAUACCCUAAACGUCAAUUAGACCGUGUAAAACAAAGAAAAGAGUAUUAUGGGAGGGUCUCUCAUAGGCACAGAGAUGUUUAAUGUGAUAUAUAUGAUGUACAGUUUUAUAACGUCCCAUGUCCGCACCUGGUUGGAACGGGACACUUGUGUAUAGACUUCAAAAUAAUUUAAUGAUUUUGUUUCUCGCAAAAUUAUGCCAAUGACCACGUGAUGUAUGUCAAAUGCACAGUGCUGAUGAAGAGGCGUGAAUUAUAGAAUAAUAACAGAACUAGUCAGUUAAAUUAAUGAGUACCGGUAGUCCAUAUCUUAUGUUUUUUCCCCUUUUUGUUGUGUGUUAUUUUUUAUACCAGAAUACUUUGUCCUAUAUACAUGUUAAUCGUCUGUAGACUGCCAAGCGCGGGCAGUUGUAUCCGUUCGACGCAGUAUGUAGUGGAGAUGCUUUAACUAAUUUAGCAGUAACAUAUGUAUCUUGCAUUUGUUUCAAUGUUUAUUGGUAUUGUUUUUAAAUCUGUUCUAGAGGAGCACACGACAGUUACCUCUCGUUCUUUUUAGUUGGACAUGCUCCUUUCGUUAACGAUUGCAAUAUGUAAAUGUCCCUUCGGAGGAGUAUUGACGUGUAAUUAUAUAUGCGAAUUUUUCACGAAAUACUUGCAUAGGAAUGGAAUUUUAAAUCUGUGAAUGCUUUUAAUGUGAUAUACUAGUUAUUUUAUUCAUAAUUAUUGUAGAAUUCAAUCAGUUUUUUAAGGAUUCAUUAUACGCAGGAAAGAUUGAGCAAUUAACAUAUGUAACCUUGUGAUAAUUGGAUAUUAUAUGAGAAGCCCAUCCCUAAUAUUUCUCUGUAAUCAAGGGGUUAUGUAUUUUUUUUAUAGUUAUUUUUAGGCCACUUGUUUAUCAUAAUUUCUCUCUCUCAUAUUCACCUGCACACACUAAAGUUCCGUUCAAAAGGAUAAGAUAGUGUAGCCUUGUGUAAUUAGAAUGGUAAUAAUUGCUGAUGGGUGAAGUAUCCCGGAUUGAACUAAAAUAUUAGAAACAAACCACUAUGUAAUAUGAUUUAAGCCAUCUUGAGUGUAGGGGGUGUGUUAGGGAUGUGAGGGGGGGGGCAGUAGGAGACUUUUCACUGAUGGGGGAGGGGGCAUGUCAUCGAUGAAAAUAAGCAUAACUCUUAUUCAGUCUACAUAAGUUCUACAUGAUAACUAGACCAAUCUUUUAUUUUUGGACCAAAAUGUGCGGAAGACAUUGGGACGCAAAUCUCAGAAACCUUACAAACAUAGCUUUACACCUUAUCAAAAUGGGUUGGGGUCAGAGACAAACCCGCAUUUCUCCAGCAGAUGACAACGCUGCCCCUCCUCACGAUGGCGGAUCCAGCCGGCUUAGAUACCUAACUUUGGUUAGGCCCACCCUUGUGUACAGACGAUAUGGCCCAUGAAAUGGUAUUGUCUAACCCGGCUGAAUCCGGCCCAGUCUCCUCGUGUCCAUGAUAGUAUGAAAGGGGUCCUUACAAGUGUGUUCGCGUAUGUAACAGUCCCCCAGCUAUAUUCAAAUAUAUUCUUUGUCAUUACCCCCUCAUGGUAUUCUGUGUUUGUGGUAUUGUGUGCUUUUCGUGAUAGGUUUUGCCAAACUCUGAAUCACAAUUGCCACAAAAAAAAUCAAUGCUCAACUAUCAUCAGUGUUUAUAAGAAGGCGGAAAGCAUGCAAUUAUAUUUAUAUGUAGUGAUAUACGCUUCCCUUUGAUAGGCCUUCUGUUAAACUAGGAAUGAAUAUUCUGAAACAUAAUAUCCGUUGCAUUAUUUCCGCUGUGGCGUUGAUAAUCAGGUUGCGUCAGCGCAGUGCUGUAGCAAACUCCAAAGAAUAUAUUGAUAUAUCUUAUGUAUAGUAGGCAAGUAGAAGGGAAUUUACAUUGGCAUUUUUUGUUUGAAAUUGGACAAGAAUUCUGCCAGUUUUCAUAUCGCCAUCCUCUUUUUCUCUUGUAAAUAUAUCGACCUAUUUCCCCCACUAGUAUUUUUUCCCCGAUCUAUGAAAUUUGUAUAAAAUCGUGUAAAACUGGCAGAGUUCUUGCAAAGAGAAAGCAUUAUUUGAACAAACCAAAAUGUGGAUUGUCAUUGAAUAACCAUCCAUUGUUCUUUUUCACUGAUGGCUGGUUAGAUAAUGAGUAAUUCUUAACUCAAGCAACACUAACUAAAAAGAAGCUGCCUAUAGGGGGCAGGCUUCAGAGUAUUCACUGCAGUUAUUUAUGAAGACUAACCGCUUCUCGAAUUAACAAAAUUUGAACGUAAUGUAGUUCAUUCAUCAGGACAUCAACUCUUUUCUCAAGACUCUUUUCACACGCGUUAGAUAGAUAGAGAGAAAGAGGGAGAGAGUGAUAGAGAGAGAGAGAGGGGGUGAGAAUAAAUUGACUAUGUUCAAAUAUGCUGCUGGUGUUAAAUUUCCCUUUUUAUUUCUGUUUCCAUUAAUCACACGGUAUUUUAACCAAGUACUCGCUUUUUUUUAAUUUGAAGCUGUGCAUAUGAUUGUGGAUGUUAUGUUUUAUUCUAUUAUUCGAAGGAGAAAACAAAUCAUACAGCGUUUGGAGGCUGCAACAUGAUUUUAAUGACUUUCGUUUAUAUCAAGUUAAUGCAGACUCUAUUGUUUUUUUUUCUAACUACCAACCUGACAUUUCUGAGCAGUUUGCAGCCACACCCCCGCUGUGUGUUGAAACCAUAGGUUGAAACGUCUGCUUGUUUGCGUACACUGCGUAAAUAAUCGGGCGUGUCGUUUUUAUUUGAGAAAAAAUAUCAAAAAUAUUCCGUUUUGUUUUAGAUGUUCAGUUUCGCCCAUGAAUGAUCUCGCUAUGAGUGCCAGGUUAUUCUUUCCCCUUUUAAAUUGAUGUUAAUUUUUUUUAAUAUUUUUUUUUCGUUUUCAAAUCCUUCUCUAUUAUUAUUAUUUGUUAUCCUCAGAAGGGUUUUGUAGACUGAAUUUGAUUUCCGGGAAGAGAAUUGUAAACUUAUCUACAUCAUGUAAAUAUUAUUGUAUGAUGAACGUGAUACAUUUUGUUGUUUACAAA